CUGCCGUUCCUCUCGGGGCCGUUACUUCGGGAGAGAGGAUAAAGAGCGUAGGCAGGGGGAGAAAACAGGAUCACAAACGACCCUCCUUCGCCCCCGGCAAAUCCCACUGCGUUUGGGAACUGGAGCGAGCGGAGAAAACGGGCGACGGUGCUGGCUGGGAGAAGCAGCCUGGAGGCGCGGCGACGGAGGAGGGGGUGUUUUUUUGGCAACAGCCUCCACUGAAUUUUCGAAAACAUGUUGGAAACAAUAGACACACAUCGGGCCCUUCAGGCAGUGGAACGCUUGCAGGCCAAACUUCGUGACCGUGGUGACAUAGCAAAUGAAGAGAAGUUGAGCCUCUUGAAGUCAGUCCUGCAGAGCCCUCUCUUCAGCCAGAUCCUGAACCUUCAAUCUUCUUUUCAACUGCUGAGAGAUCAGGUCAGCACUACUUCUUCAACUGCUGAGUUACCACAACUAUCCCAUAUUGGCACUAGCGUGAGCCCCACCCAUAAUGAAUCCUAUUUACUGGCUCGGAAUAAUGGCAACCCAGAGACAUCUAUUGUCUCCAGUCUUCCUCAGAACAAUGGGAGACCCUCUUGUGAUGAGCUUGAACAGUUGAUAGAAAAUAUGUCACAGGGUCGUCAUGUAGAGACUCUAGAGCUUGUCAAACCUAUGAGUGGUGGCUUGGGGUUUAGUGUUGUGGGAUUGAAGAGUGAAAACAGAGGUGAACUGGGAAUAUUUGUGCAAGAAAUACAAGAGGGCAGCGUGGCACACAGAGAUGGAAGGCUAAAGGAAACGGAUCAAAUCCUUGCUAUUAAUGGACAAGCUCUUGAUCAGACAAUUACACAUCAACAGGCUAUCAGCAUCCUUCAAAAAGCGAAAGAUAAUGUCCAGCUAGUUAUCGCCAGAGGCUCCUUGCCUCAACUCAUCAGUCCGAUAGUUUCUCGUUCCCCAUCUGCUGCCAGCACAGUUUCAGCUCACUCCAAUCCGAUCCACUGGCAGCACAUGGAGACCAUUGAACUGGUGAACGAUGGGUCAGGCCUAGGAUUUGGUAUAGUGGGAGGAAAAUCAACUGGAGUCAUAGUUAAAACCAUCCUGCCAGGAGGAGUGGCUGACCAGCAUGGGCGAUUAUGCAGUGGAGACCACAUCCUGAAAAUUGGUGAUACCGAUUUGACAGGUAUGAGCAGUGAGCAAGUAGCACAAGUUCUCAGGCAGUGUGGAAACCGAGUGCAACUGGUGAUUGCAAGAGGUGUUAUGGAAGAGUCACCACUAGCAACUUCCUCAGGCAACCCAUUGUCAUCUUCACUUCCAGCCAUGCCAGAAAAACAGGUGGAGGUUCCUAUAGAGAAAAAUGGAGAGGGUGAGAAAUUUGAUGUGGAGCUCACCAAAAAUAUCCAGGGAUUAGGAAUAACUAUUGCUGGCUACAUUGGAGACAAACAUUCAGAACCUUCAGGUAUAUUUGUGAAGAGCAUUACUAAAAGUAGUGCUGUUGAACAUGAUGGAAGGAUUCACAUCGGUGACCAAAUUAUAGCAGUGGAUGGCACAAAUCUUCAGGGAUACACCAAUCAGCAAGCAGUUGAGGUUCUGCGGCAGACAGGACAAACUGUUAGGCUCACUUUGGUGAGGCGAGGGACUAAACAAGAAGCCCACAGCCAGCCAGACAAGGACGGAACUGCAACUGCUGCAAAACAUGUGGUGUUUUCUUCGCUGGAAACAAAUGUAGCCAAAGAAAAUUGUGAGAAGGAUCAAGAUUCUCCAUCACUGAAGGAAAAUGAAUGCAAAGUCCAAGUUGUAGAGGAAGAUAAGUCAACACUGCCAGGCUAUGAGUUAACAUCAACUGAAGAUGAACAGGAAGAAGGGGAAGAAGAAGUAUUGCGGAAGAAGUGGCAAAGAAUUAUGGGUGUUAAUUAUGAAAUAGUGGUGGCCCAAGUGAAUAAAUUCAGCGAGAACAGCGGGUUGGGAAUCAGUUUGGAAGCAACUGUGGGACAUCAUUUCAUCCGAUCUGUUCUCCCAGAAGGCCCUGUUGGACAUAAUGGAAAGUUAUUUAGUGGAGAUGAACUAUUGGAAGUGAAUGAAAUAUCUUUGCUUGGUGAAAAUCACAAAGAUGUAGUGAACAUUUUAAAAGAGCUGCCCAUCAAGGUGACAAUGGUCUGCUGUCGUCCAGUUGCUCCCUGUGGUUCAGAUAGUUUGGAUCUCACUGACAUCCAGCUGAUUGAAAAGCCUCAUGUAGACCUUGGUGAAUUCUUUGGGUCUUCAGAGACUGAAGAUACUACUUUGGAGCUGACUGCUGUGAAUCAGAAUAUGGAAGAAGUGCAAGGAUCCCCUUUAGCGAUGUGGGAAACUGACAUUCAGAAUAUUGAACUGGAAAAGGGGAAUAUUGGGCUUGGUUUUAGCAUAUUAGAUUAUCAGGACCCAGUUGAUCCCACAAGCACGGUAAUCGUAAUUCGCUCAUUAGUCUCUGGGGGUGUAGCUGAACAAGAUGGAAGACUUCUUCCUGGAGAUCGACUUAUGUUUGUCAAUGACAUUAAUUUGGAAAAUGGCAGCCUUGAAGAAGCCGUCCAAGCCUUGAAAGGGGCACCUACUGGAACUGUUAGAAUUGGAGUUGCAAAACCCUUACCUCUUUCACCAGAAGAAGGUUAUGUUUCUACUAAGGAAGAUUCCUUUUUCUACACUGCCCAGUCAUUUGAGGAGGAAGGGCCAGCUGAUGCAGCCCUCUUCCAUGCAGAGUUGGCUCUGGUGGAUUCAGGUGAAGCAGACCUACAAGACGAAUGUGCCUCUAUGUCUCAGUAUCCUCCUGACACCGAAAGUACCUUCCAAGCCUCUAUUUUAGCUCUGCAUGGCAGCACCUGUAAAGAUAGCCUGAACUAUAGCCUCACUUUUCCAUCAUCUACUCCCAAGGAUGUAGGGAGAAAAUCGUCUGACGCAGCACUUGAUUUGCAAAUAUCCAGUCAGGAUCUCUACAACAUGGAUCUAACUCAAAGAGAGGAAGAGAACCAGUUGAUGGGGGACUUUAACACAGUAUCUGCUACUAGUUUUCCUGAAAAAGAUCUCACAUUUGUAGAUACUGAGGAGAAACAAGAUGAAUGUGAAAACACACAAAAUUGGACUGGAUCCCAGCCAGCAUCUGAAGUUAUGCCAAAUGUAAAUCUUUCUUCUUCAGGGCUACCUGAUUCCACAGGAAAAGAUUCAGGAUAUUUACUGGAAGAGAUCUCACAAAACACCAUUGAUGAUUGUCUCUCACUCAAAAGGUCAUCCAGAAAAUCAUUUGAGAAGACUAUUAUUGUUGAAAAAGGCAAUUCUAGUCUUGGAAUGACGGUAAGUUCUAAUAAAGUUGGCUCAGGAAUGAUAGUUCGCAGCAUCAUUCAUGGUGGAUCCAUCAGCCGUGAUGGACGAGUCGGUGUGGGGGACUGCAUCUUAUCCAUUAAUGAAGAAUCCGCCCUUAACAUAACCAGUGCCCAAGCUCGAGCUAUGCUGAGGAGACAUUCUCUUAUUGGACCUGACAUAAAAUCUUCUCCAGCACCUGCUGAUGAUCAGGCCCCCUUUUAUGUAAUUACCUAUGUGCCAGCAGAGCACUUAGAAGAGUAUACAGCAACCUUAGGGCAGCAACCUGAAGGGACUGUGCCGCCGGAUAUGUUUUCUUCUUGCAAUGUCAGAGAAAUUCCAGAACUACCAGAACGUGAAGAAGGAGAGGGAGAAGAAAGUGAACUUCAGAAUGUGGCUUACAGUAAUUGGAAUCAGCCCAGGCGAGUUGAGCUCUGGAGAGAACCCAGCAAAUCCCUGGGCAUCAGCAUUGUUGGUGGACGAGGCAUGGGAAGUCGGCUAAGCAAUGGUGAAGUUAUGAGGGGCAUCUUCAUCAAACAUGUUUUGGAAGACAGCCCAGCUGGCAAAAACGGAACCUUAAAAACUGGAGAUAGAAUAGUGGAGGUGGAUGGACUUGACCUCAGAGACGCAAGCCAUGAGCAAGCUGUGGAAGCCAUACGGAGAGCAGGCAACCCUGUAGUAUUUAUGGUCCAGAGCAUUAUAAACAGACCGAGGCCAGGGUCUCUGUAUAACUCUCCAUCUGCAUCUGCUCUCAGUGGGCAGAAGCCUGCUAACCCAUUUUACCAUCAGUCAUCUCAGAAAUCCCUUUUGCCUUCCUUGCCGCACAACCUUUACUCUAAGCCUAUCUUCAGCAGCACUAAUCCAUUCGCUGAUUUUCUCCAGUUCAACAUUGACAAGGCUAUACAGAAUCCAAGUAAAGUUACCUUCCGUUGUUCCCCAACUAACCCUUUUGCUCCCACACCAUUUAAGGCAUCGAGCCAGUCAGAUUCAGAGCCAGAAAAGGCUGCAUUGUGUAGCUUGUCUUUGACCUCUGCAGCAUUUUCAGAAAUGAGCUCUGAUACUGCACAGUCAUCUUCUAGCAAAAUCCCAGAAGAUGUGGAUAAAGAGGACGAGUUUGGUUACAGCUGGAAAAAUAUAACUGAGCGCUAUGGAACUCUAGCAGGUGAAUUACAUAUGAUUGAGUUGGAGAAAGGCCGGGCUGGUCUGGGACUAAGUCUUGCUGGCAAUAAAGACCGUUCCAGGAUGAGUGUCUUUAUAGUAGGCAUUGAUCCAAAUGGUGCAGCUGGGAAAGAUGGACGGUUGCAGAUUGCAGAUGAACUGCUAGAGAUAAAUGGGCAAAUUCUUUAUGGAAGAAGUCAUCAGAAUGCCUCUUCAAUAAUUAAAUGUGCCCCAUCUAAAGUAAAAAUUAUCUUUAUCAGAAAUAAAGAUGCAGUUAGUCAGAUGGCUGUUUGUCUUGGGAAGUCUGUAGAAACUUCACUUUCAAACUCUGGGACUCUUCAGAAUCAGGAGGUUGAACCAUGUGCUACUUCAGUAACUGUUGCAGACUUUGCUUCCUUUAAAAAUGUCCGACAUCUGGAACUUCCUAAGGAUCAAGGAGGAUUAGGCAUUGCUAUCAGUGAAGAUGACACACUUAAUGGAGUUGUCAUUAAGAGUUUAACGGAUCAUGGAGUAGCAGCAAGGGAUGGACGAAUCAAAGUUGGAGAUCAGAUCUUGGCAGUAGAUGAUGAAGUUGUUGUGGGGUAUCCUGUGGAAAAGUUUAUCAGUCUGCUGAAGACCUCAAAGGCCACAGUAAAACUUACAAUUAAUGCAGAGGAUCCAGAUGCUCAGCCUCCCCAGUCUGCACUCAGCACUACCAAUGGAGACAAAAUGAACAUAUUACAGCCCGAGACAGUUCCAACUGAGCCUGAGUCUCUCAGAAGUUCAAGCCGGUCAUCCACUCCUACCUUUUCUUCGGAUCCAGUUACCUGUCCCAUCAUCCCUGGGUGUGAAACAACAAUUGAUAUUUCUAAAGGACGUACUGGGCUUGGGCUGAGUAUUGUUGGAGGGGCAGACACUUUACUGGGUGCAAUUAUUAUCCAUGAAGUUUAUGAAGAAGGAGCAGCCUGCAAAGAUGGAAGGCUCUGGGCUGGAGAUCAGAUAUUAGAGGUGAAUGGAAUUGAUCUGAGGAGUGCCACACAUGAUGAAGCUAUAAAUGUCCUGAGGCAAACUCCACAGAAAGUUCGCUUAACUGUCUACAGAGAUGAAGCCCAGUACAAGGAGGAGGAUAUGUAUGAUAUCCUGAAUAUAGAACUACAGAAGAAACCAGGGAAAGGUCUUGGAUUAAGCAUUGUUGGUAAAAGAAAUGAUACCGGUGUGUUUGUGUCGGACAUUGUGAAAGGAGGAAUUGCAGAUACAGAUGGAAGACUGAUGCAAGGAGACCAGAUACUAAUGGUCAAUGGGGAAGAUGUGCGAAAUGCCACCCAGGAAGCUGUUGCUGCUUUGCUAAAGUGUUCUCUAGGUACAGUAAAAUUGGAAGUUGGACGAAUCAAAGCUGGCCCAUUCCAUUCAGAAAGGAGGACAUCCCAGAGCAGCCAGGUGAGUGAAGGUAGCCUGUCAUCUUUCACUUUCCCGCUUUCUGGCUCCAGUGCACCUGAUGCUUUGGAAAGUGGCCCAAAGAAAAAUGCAUUGGCAUCUGAAAUACAGGGAUUAAGAACAGUUGAAAUUAAAAAGGAUCCUGCUGAUUCCCUGGGAGUCAGCAUUGCUGGAGGCGUGGGCAGCCCACUUGGAGAUGUACCUAUUUUCAUUGCAAUGAUGCACCCAAAUGGAGUUGCAGCUCAAACCCAAAAACUCAGAGUGGGGGAUAAGAUUGUUAGUAUUUGUGGAACAUCAACUGAGGGUAUGACUCACUCUCAAGCUGUUAGCCUAUUGAAAAAUUCCUCUGGAUCCAUUGAAGUACAGGUAGUUGCUGGAGGAGAUGUAAGUGUUGUCACCAGCCAGCAACAGGAUCCAACAAGUUCUGGGCUUUCAUUUGGAGGAUUGACCUCCAGCACUAUUUUUCAGGAUGAUUUAGGGCCUCCUCAAUAUAAGACUAUUACCCUAGAUAGAGGACCAGAUGGGCUUGGUUUUAGCAUUGUAGGUGGAUAUGGGAGCCCUCAUGGAGACUUGCCCAUUUAUGUUAAAACUGUAUUUGCAAAGGGAGCAGCCGCUGAAGAUGGACACCUGAAAAGAGGUGAUCAGAUCAUUGCCGUUAAUGGACAGAGUCUAGAAGGUGUUACCCAUGAAGAAGCAGUUGCUAUCCUAAAGCGGACAAAAGGCACAGUCACUCUCACUGUACUCUCCUAAUGUGGCUAAAGAAAAGUGAAAUUUGUUCAAACUUUGUACACAAUAGAAGUAUUUGUCCUACCCCUUGGAUGGGUCUGUGUAUUUCAUGCGGAAGACCUUUUUUUUUAUUUUUCCACCCGCAUUAUUCUUAUAGCGAAUGCAUCUAAUCCAGGAGAGAAGGAAUGUUUGCUUUAGUAAUCCCAUUGCAAAACUGGAAUGUUUGCAGAGAUGUCUGAAAUUUUGUAAUAGAGGGGUAAAAGUAGUAAGUGCAGAAACAGUCAAGACAGAAAAAGAAGUAUUGGUUCCCAUAAAAAUGCAAAAAAGAUUUAACUAGCAGGGGGAAGACUAAUCUAAGACACUAUGAAAAAUUUAGGUCUUCUGAAAAAAUAGAAUACAGAAUGCUUUAAAGCAAAAGUUGACAUUGGGCAAAGCUGUAGGAGAGUUUUUAGUCAACCCCACAGGCUUGAAUAAUGCAGAAGAGAGCAAGAGACUUCUUGGACCAAGAUUAGACCAAGUACCCUGUCCUGACAUGGUCCAUGACCACCAGAAUAAUCCACCCAUAUCCAGUUUACUUCUCAUAUAUGCCUGUUAAUAUAGUGAGGCUGAUGCAGCAGGAAGCAGGCAGAGUAAAAUACAGCAACAGCUAAGAAAACUGGAAUCUUUUAAUGCUGAUUUUUAACACCAAAGCAAUGGUGCAACUGUCUACAAUUAGUACUAAUUUUAAUUACAGAAAAAUAACAAUAUUAGUAAUUGUGUUGGCAUGCUAAUGUUAAAGUAGACAAGGGGAUUAGCAUAACACUUCAUUUCACUAUGGUAGAUUAGCAUUUUAAAAUAUAAUAGCCUGAGAUUAACAAAAAAGGCAGGAAGCUGUUUCUUGAGACAGCUGAAGAAUUAUAUCGUGUUCCUAUUUUAGAGUGUGAAACUUAACAUUAGACUGUUAAGUCACUUUAACUGUUACCUGUAUUUGUAGUAGGAGUAGUAUGCAGAUAUUUUAUUACUUCAUUCUUGUGUAAAUGCAGAGUUGAAGUGAAUAAAAGUGAACCUGUUUCAUUAAUGAGUGAA